AUGAUGAUUACAUCCCACAAGGCAUCAGCGAGACAGAAACUAUCUAGCCUUCUAUCCAGGGGCUGCAUUAACUACAAACGUUUCAAUUCGACAUAUGUUCCACCAAUUAGCUCAUUUUCGUACAUCCACGACGAUGCACUAUCUGAUAUCAGCAAAGAGGAAAUCGCUAAGCAUAUGCAAAACUUGGGCCCAUUCCCAAAUUAUUCCAAUAUACUCAAUCCUCAGCACUUUUACCAGAACACCGUAUUGCUAGAUUACCUGAAGAAGCAUCCUCAUCCGGUGUCCUUGCGACAGUUAGCUGGUUAUGGAAACACAUUGACGAAACAGAAAAUUAUCGCUAGUGCCAACUUUGUUCGACUUGAACUUCCCAUUAGAUUAGCAAUGAGGAUUCGUGAUCUACAAAUAUUGCCUUUUGGGGUGGUGAACAACUUUCACAUGGCGCAGAUAUAUGAAAGCUACUACCAUCUGUUUAAUGCGUUUCGCAAAAUUGGCAAGAUAAAUACGAUUGAAGAUAAUGAGAAAUUCUGUGCUGUAUUGUCGGCAUUGUUGGAUGACCAUACCUUCAACUUGUCCCACUUGAUGAUGGGAGCAUUGGAGGUGUCAAUUGCUGAAAGUCUUCCACAAGAGCGGUUGGACUCGUUUAUGAGUACCAUGUUGAGGUCACGAAUUAGCAGGCGACUCAUUGUUGAGGAACAUUUGUCGUUGAGUGAAAACUACCGCAAAAAGCCGUAUGAUAAAAAGCCGCCACACUAUCUUGGGGAAAUAUUCCAAAACUGUAAAGCCAUUGACCAUUUCAAUGAAGUCGCCGAAAAGGUUAAAGAAUCGUUGUGUCACCAAUAUCCACAAGCUGAAUUGAUACCGAAGUUGGAAAUAGACGGUGAUUUGGACUGCGAGUUUCAAUUUAUGGUGCCUCAUUUUCACUACAUGUUGCACGAAAUACUUCGCAACUCGUUUGAAGCAACAUUAAACACAACAAAGGAUAAUGAUGCCUUAUCCCCGGUGAAGGUGACGAUAAUUGACCUGAGGCAGGAAGUGAUUUUCAGAAUAUCGGAUCAAGGAGGGGGACUUCAUCAUGACAAGUUGAAACUGAUUUGGUCCUUUGGAAAGUCGCCGGAAUUGGCAAGAAAGAGUUUGGCAAACUUCCAUCGCAUACCAGGGUUGCAGAUGUAUUCCAACUUGCAAGUAACUGCAUCAGGCUCGUCGGUGGUGAAUCCUAGAGCGACUGAUACGGAUGGAAACUCUGUCGAGCGGAAGUCAGAAAAGAAAAGGUCAACUUUAGAGGAUCUCAUGGCAAGACCGCACGAGUACAAAUUAGGCAUGGGAUUGCCAAUGUGUUCUGUUUACGCUGACUAUUGGAACGGGCAAUUACAAAUGAAUUCAUUAGAAGGAUACGGCUGCGACACUUCACUUACUUUGAGCAAAUUGGGAUACCACAGUAACGUCAUACAACUUGACAGGGCUUGA